UUCUGUAUCCGCUUGAAAGCAACGAGUCGUCGUGUUUCUCGUGCCUGUUUGGACGCGCGGCUUCUGCUUCUGUUUUAUUGUUCGUUAUAUUACUGGACAUUUAAAACAUUUCUUAAAAAGAUAAGAUUAAAAUAUCAAAAUCGUACGAUAUAUAUUGUUAAAAGCCUUAAGAAGUUACGUUACCGUGCUUCGUUUGAGAAAACGAAGCGACUUGAGGUUUCAUCAGAAGAAGAAUCAUUUCCAUUAUGGCAGAUGGAGAGGGUUUUGUGGUCCGGGUCAGAGGACUUCCCUGGUCAUGCUCAGCAGAUCAAGUUCAUAGAUUUUUCUCAGAGUGCAAAAUUGCAAACAAUGGGGCAAGCAUACAUUUCACGUAUACAAGGGAAGGGCGACCUAGCGGAGAGGCAUUUGUGGAGUUUGAAUCGGAGGAAGAUCUUAAACUUGCUGUAAAGAAAGACCGUGAAACCAUGGGUCAUCGUUAUGUAGAAGUAUUCAAAUCCAAUAGUGUUGAGAUGGACUGGGUCCUGAAGCACUCCGGGCCGGACUGCCCAGACUCAGGAGGAGAUGGCCUGGUUAGGCUUCGAGGUCUGCCCUUUGGAUGCAGCAAAGAGGAAAUUGUCCAGUUUUUUGCAGGGUUGGAAAUCGUGCCAAAUGGGAUAACAUUGCCGGUGGACUUCCAGGGGAGGAGUACGGGGGAGGCCUUCGUGCAGUUUGCUUCACAGGAUAUAGCCGAAAAGGCUCUAAAGAAACACAAGGAAAGAAUAGGGCACAGGUAUAUAGAGAUCUUUAAGAGCAGCCGUGCGGAGGUACGCACGCACUAUGAGCCGCAGCGCAAGACCAUGGGCAUGCAGAGACCGAGUCCCUACGACAGACCGAGUGGCGGCCGAGGCUACAACAAUUCGGGCCGAGGAGUCUCUUUCGAAAGAGUGAGACGUGGAGGAUACGGUGGAGAUGGGCGUUAUGGAGAUGCAGGUUCCUCCUUUCAAAGCACAACGGGUCACUGCGUGCAUAUGAGAGGUCUUCCAUACAGAGCCUCUGAGACGGACAUCUACAAUUUCUUCUCUCCAUUGAACCCGGUGCGCGUUCACGUGGAGAUCGGCCCAGAUGGGCGAGUAACGGGCGAGGCGGAUGUAGAGUUUGCCACACAUGAGGACGCUGUGGCUGCCAUGUCCAAGGACAAAGCCAACAUGCAGCACCGUUAUGUGGAGCUGUUCCUAAACUCAACAUCAGGGGGUGGAAGUGGAGGAUAUGGAGGUCAGAUGAUGGGCGGAAACCAGUCGUCUUACGGACACAGCAGCCAGCAGAUGGGCUCUGGCUACAGCGGCGGUUAUGGUAACCAGAGCGGCAUGGGCGGCUACAGCGACUACAGUGAGUGUCAGCUCUUCCGUAGGUCUGCUGGCCGGUGCCAUGACAAAUCCUAUCGCCCUUGGACCCCUAGGGGUAGCAGUUUGUAAUGCCUGAUUAAAAAGCCUUUCGUGUAAUCCUGUUGUAGCAGGUAAUCAGGGUGGAAUGGGCAGCAGUUACUACAGCGGAGGCAGUCGAGGAUCGAUGGGCAUGAACGGCCUGAACAGCGGAAUGGGUGGAGGGUGGGGGAUGUAGCCGUGCGUGAAGUGUCGUUUCAUAGCUACAGCAAACCCAUUUCCUUUCAUUUUGUUUUUAUAUAUUUUUUUUAAAGUUCUUCGUUCCUUUACUUUAGAGACAUCUGUUUGCUCUUCUUUGUAUUGUACUCGAGCGUCAUUCGGGGGUGAAAUCGUUUAGUUUAACUUCUCCCCUUCUUUUUGUAUUACGAAGAAAUAAUUUGUUUAAAACAUAAACAUUUAAGAAAAAAAGUGUUCAGUGCUGGAGAGGUGCCUGUUAAUCUGUUUUUAUUGUCAAGUGAAGAGAAAAUUUAAAACUUUAUGAAGCCUUAAGUACAUGUAGAUGGAGGUUUAUCGGUGAUUGUAGCAUAUCAUAUCUCAAACUGCUUUAUCAGAGAUGUUUGCAUGCACUUAACGUUUUAUUGAGGCUAAUAGUUUAAGUUUGUAUUAUUUUAAAGCAUGGGUCAGGGUGGGAAAAAAAUGGUAUUUCAUUUAAGUGCAUGCUACUGUUGCGUUUGAUCUUGUGUACCAAACUUGUUAUUUCAGUGCACCGACUGGACGCACGCAUAUCUGUUUCUUCAUUUCUUUACAGGUGGACUAAUACUUGGAGG